AUGCCCGCAGACAAUGCCUGCUCAUUUUCUCUACCAGCCGACCAGCUUUCCCUACCCCUCUGGCACUGUCCACUCUCUGCGUUUCGAACCGCUUUAUCCGCCAUCUCUCAUAAACUUAGCUUACGCCGUUCCGUCGGACAGAUUUCGUUAGCCUUCGCCAGAUCGGCUGUCGCCAUCAUGGUCCGUUUAACCGCAGAUCUGAUCCUCGAAUCGCCUCAGUAUUUCAACGCGGUGCGAGAACGAGAGAUCGACUUGAGAGGGAAUAAGAUCGCAGUCAUUGAGAACCUCGGAGCCACAGAGGAUCUGUUUGACAGCAUUGACCUGUCGGACAACGAGAUUGUGAAGCUGGAGGGGUUCCCGCUGCUGCGGCGGCUCUCCACCCUGCUGCUCUGCAACAACCGCAUCACUCGCAUCAGCCCCCAGCUAGGUACCCAACUCCCCAAGCUGCAGACGCUAGUGUUGGCCAACAACCGUCUUACCAACCUUGCAGAUCUCGACCCACUGGCGUCCCUAGCGCACUCCCUCACCUCGCUCUCUCUCCUCGACAACACCGUCAUUAAGAAGCCCAAGUAUCGCUUAUAUGCCAUCCACCUGCUGCCCAAGCUGCGUCUCCUCGACUUUCGGAAAGUGAAGCUCAAGGAGAGGCAAGAGGCGGAGGCAACAUUCGGCAAGGACAGAACAGCAGCAGCAGCGGCCAAGCGCGUAUCAGCAAACACGUUUGUGCCUGGCGAGGCACUGGCAGAAGCAGGAGGGGCCGCAGGGGGGGCAGGAGGGGGGGGAGAGGGAGCAGCUGUUGGUGAGAAGGAGGGAGGGGAGGGAGCGGGUGCUGCAUCUGCAGCAGCAGCGAAACAGGGACCAACACCAGAGCAGAUCACAGCAAUCAAGGUGAGUGCGAAUUUUAUUUAUGCGUGA